AUGCCUUCCGAAGACGAAACUGCAAGACUUCUCAGGCAGCAAGCCGAGGACCUUGGGAAUCACCGUAUUACAGCGCUCCCACUCGGUGAUCGUCAACCAGGUCGUCGUGGUGCCUUUCAACGCUUGCGCCGACCUAUCCAAGGAGCUGGAGACGCUCGCUUUGAUCUUGGACCUCGCCCUGGGGGUCCAGCUCUCGGCCCUAGCGUCCGUCGAGCUGAAGUCGACCAAAGAUGGCUCGCUGUCUUUGACGACUCUAUGGUUAUUGAACGGCCAGAUGGUAUUGGUGGUGGAGACCUUCAUAGAGAAGGUAUUAACUUCCGCCCUCGACGACGAAGGAGUCUUUCGGAUGUCUCCAUCUCCCAAAGCGUACGAGAUGCUCUCAUCACCGAAACCAGGAAUAUUGCUGCAAGGAACCCUGUUGGCCCUUCAAGCUUUCGCGGGAGGGGUGGCGGCCCACGCCGAUUCCCAGUCCCCCCAGUCCAACCUCUAGGCCGUCCAAGAUAUCAGACCGGGAAUUGGAGCGCUCCAGGGCUUGUACACGACCAAGGUGCCUUUUUUGAUAAGAUGACAAAGAACACCGGCCUUCGCUGUCCUCCGAUGGUAGUGAAUCAACCAGGGACCUCUAAGAAUUCGAAACCUCUUGCCAAACCAAUGGCUUCUGCGAAGGAUUUACCACUCGAAGUUAUUAGUUCCCAAACCGAAAAGCCAGUUCAACCCAUUGAGUCAUCCGAUCAACCUCCUGAACCCGCGGAUCAACUUACUGAGCAGCCGAAACCAAAGCCUACUUCUAACUUUAUUCCACCUCAUCUUCGACAUACACUAAAGAAACAAGGCCCCGAAUCAGAGGUGGAAGGCAAACAAGCUGAGUCAAAUGUUGAACAGACUAGUCAACCGGUUAUUCUCGUUCAGGCUUCAAGUACAGCCCCAGCGCCUGUCGGGGACCGGCUAGACGUAAAUCCUGCCAGAAAGCAGCUUUUAUUACUCGCUGAAGAAGUCCGACGAGUUCCGAGAACUUCCAAUUCGUCUGCACUACGCAGCGUUAGUCAAGGAGGAUCUCCACGCAUAAGACCUCAGUUUUUCCCUCCCCUGGGGGAAUCCAGGAACCCACUGACCUCAGCCCUGAAACUUCGUGGCAACGCUCCGCCAUUUCCGUUUCCCAUCCCUCUGGGGUUCUAUAUCUCCCCUGAGUUCGCCACCCAGUUUUGGAACCUUGUUGCAAAACCCUUAUGGGAGCAACUGCUGGAAGAUUAUGACGAUGUUCAACAGCAGAUUAUCUUCCUGACGUGGUACUAUGCCGAAAAGCCACAUGAAUGGAAGGAAGUCAUGAAGACUGGUCCUCCUACUCGCGAAACGAUUCUCAGAAUCAGCGAAGAAUACAUGGACGAGGAUCAAAAAGCCAUUUUAGCCUACCGAAAAGCUCAGGAGAGCAAAUUCAAGAACGUUAUAAGUCCAAAGCUAGGAAGUGCUCCCCAACCGCCCUCGGGUUGGUGGAAGAUCAAUGCCACAGAUAGUAUUGCUAUUUCGGAAUGGGCUGGGAAGUUACAGGAAUCUCAUCGCAAUGCCAUGUUGGAAUCGCUCAAGGCUCGUAUUGCAGAAGAAAGAGAUCCCGUUCAGACCAAAAUGCUCUAUGCCAAAAUGGCUUUUCUUAUGCAUGAGGCUAAGGGGGGACCUGGUAGUCUCGGGGCUCCCGGGAAACAACUUGAGGAACCAAGCGACGAAAAGGACGGCGACGUUUCAGUUCUUGUUCUCGAUACGGAGGGCUCGAAGGAAGACAAAGAGAAAGACCUAUCAUCAUUAAUUAAGUUGAUGUGGGACCACGGUCUAAACCCAGAAGGGGAUUCGCUGACAGAGGAAGAUUUCCCGCUGACCAAAGAGCAGCAAGCAUCUCCGGAACCUGAGUGUCUUCCACCUCCCUCUACUAGUCCUCCAGCGCCUCUUUCCCUGACUACACUUACACCCAAUAUCUCCACAGCCAAUUCCCCACCCCCAUCCCCCCCUCGACAAAACCGUUUUAAAGGCUUAGCAAGCACUCAUAGUCGCGCUCCAUCCUCUCAGAACCACGCUCCGCCCUCUCAUAGUAACACUCCACCCUCUCAUAGUACCGCGCCACCUCCUAAAGGCCGACACAAAAACAACCGUGGACAAAACGCUCUUAAUGAUCCAUUCAAACCCCGUGGUACUGUGACCACCCCUGCCCAUCGCGAUCAAUCUGACGAGCGUCGUCAACGAGAGAAACAGGAGCGUAUGAAGGAGAUUAAUGAGAAGUUUGCGUCUACAAAGACAGGCCAGACCCAAGGAGCUGAUGGACAUCAAGAAUUCACUCCAUCGCUCCUAGAAUUUCCUGCUCAUCUUUUGAAUUUUGGCCCUCAAACUGUAGUUCAGCUUGUUCCUGAGGAUACGAUCGAAGAUUUAAACGAAAUGACUUUCGAGGACAUAGAAGAGUCUGAACACAGCCAGGUCCUAGAGGACCAAGACUCCCCUCUGCUAGAUGAUCAAGAAGAGCCUUCUACUGACGAUUUUAUGCAUCUUGAAAACAUCAUGGAGCACCAACCUGGUAUCUCUGAGGAAGAGAUUGGUCGGAUUCGAGAGAUGAACCGAGACUCCGUUCCUGCACUCGCCGUUAAUUGUUAUUGGAGUUUUGGCCUCCGAUUCAGGAGCCCUGUUAGGCCGGGAGAUUACUUCACUGUCGAACUCGACUGUACCGCCAGAAUGCCUGCGGAUUUCCUUAAGCAGCUUCGCGACAAAAUCGGUGUCGAGGAUUGGGAAGCUGUUUCCUCACACCCGGGAUUUCGGGCAGUUGUUGCCCAUGCUACGAGAGGAUUCUUCAUUAAGAUGGCUCGCAAGUGGGGUCCACAGUUCAUUCAUGGAAUUGCUUACUAA